AAAAUUACACGCUUUUAUCCAACACUCCUUUUGCAUUUUCUCCUGUCAUUACGAAGUACAUUUACCGUAGACGUACAUCUUUUUUUUUCCUUCGUACCGCCAUUACUUUUAUAACACGUGAUUUUCCUAUUUCUUAUCAUCCUCGUAUCAUCAAGUCAAAAUAUACCUCUAUUUGUUUCGAUAUCACACUCAUAUCCACUAAAUAUUAUUCUGUAUGCAUUGUAAUCUUUUGUCCUCUCGUGUUCUACAUCCCCUCUCGUAUGAACCCGCUACUUUUUGUUGCAUUUGCUGUAUGUUUGAUCUCACCAAUAUGUUUUGACGGUGAAUUCGCCUGGUCUCCUUUGGCGGUUAGACCUAUUGUACUGCUUGUUGUGAAUAAAUACGUUGUAAAAGAGAUAUCGACAUUGAAUUCUUUCAUGAUCCUCAAUAAUUAUUCAUCUUCUUCUUCUGCAUCGUCUAGGGACAUCCUAUAACAAUGGCUUAUAAUUCCAAAUUGUCCUUUAGGAUUCUUUACCAAAAGGUGAUGGUAUCUAUCAUGAUAAUGUGUUGUCGAUAUGUUGCAGUUCCAACUUUUCUGAUCUCAAGGUCAAGUAUUCAAUCGUAAAUCCAAGUAAAGGACAAAUACCUUAUAAACGGUGGAAAAUGUUUUAGCUUUGAGAACCUAAAACCGAAAUUAGAACAGAAAGGAUUGUGAACCCCCCAUGCAAGCAUGUUUACCUGUUAAACCUGGCUUCAAAGAGGUCAUGACAGUGGAGUUCUUCCUACAAUGUUUCUUCUGAGAAUGUGGGAAAA